CACUAACUCAAGAAGGGGAAAAAACAGAGGAGAAGGGAAGCUCACAGCCCACUUUCAGACUUCACUGAGCACAACUGACUCCUCCCCUCUUAGCCACAUACCUACUGUAUCACCACAUCCAGGGACCUUGGUGUGCAAAACAGCUGAAAGCUACCAUCAGGAUGAGAGCAAGGCAGCUGGUGUGUGGAAUCUGGAGCCUGUGUUUCAUGUUCUGCCUCUUCUGCAUCUUUCUUCACCAAACGACAGCUAAAAGAAAACUGAAGUUUGUGUCCGUGGUAUUUCGCCAUGGUGAUCAUACCCCACAGGAGUUUUUUCCAACUGACAAGCACAAAGAAGCUGGAAGGCAGCAGGGAUAUGGACAGCUUACCAAGCUUGGCAUACAGCAGCAGUACGAGCUUGGCCAGUACAUGCGGAGGAGAUACUCUUAUUUCCUGAGUAUCGUGUACAAGCAGUGUGAGAUUUAUGUUCGAAGCACUGAUUGUGAUCACACACUUAUGAGUGCCCAGGCAAGUCUUGCUGGGCUGUACCCCCCAACACAGGACCAGAUUUGGAACCCUGGAAUCCUUUGGCAGCCAAUUCCAGUUCACACGGUGCCACUGUCACAUGACAGGUUGCUAUACUUACCUUUCUCACACUGUCCAAAAUACAAUGAGCUUCUGAGAGAAACCUUGGCAACAAGGGAUUUCCAAAGGCAACUCAAGCACUACAGGCCAUUUCUGAAGUUUUUAGCCACUCAUACAGGAUACCCAUUGAAGAAGUUGAACACUGAAAGAAUUUGGAAGCUCUCUGACUCUUUACAACAUGAGGAUAUUAACAAUUACACUUUACCUGUUUGGGCUACUCAUGGUGUCAGGACCAAGCUGAUAAAGCUCUCAGAAUUGUUGUUGCAGGCGGAAUUUGGGUUCCACAAACAAAUACAGAAAUCACGUUUGCAGGGAGGUGUUCUUUUAAGAACUAUUCUAAAGCAUAUCUCAGAUGCUAGAAAACCUUCACACCAGCAAAAAAUGGUUAUGUAUUCCGCGCACGCAGCCACCAUUGCUGCCUUACAGAUGGCACUCAACGUCUUCAACAGGAAACUGCCUCCUUACAGUGCCUGUCAUUUUUUUGAACUUUACCAGGAAAAAAACGGGCAAUACACCAUAGAAAUGUACUAUCGGAAUAAUUCUCUGAGAGAUCCUCACCCGCUCACUCUCCCUGGCUGCAAAUUUCGCUGUCCACUGGAGAGAUUCAUUCAGUUGGUCUCCCCAGUCCUAGUACACUAUUGGACAAGAGAAUGUAGGAUGUAG